AUGACCCGCUCUUUGAAGUCCACUCCCGCUCGUAGUGCCCCCGCUUCCGGUAAUACCGUCGCUGGUUCAACAGUGAAUCGACGCAGUGCUCGUGCUUCAGUCCCUACAGCACGCAAAGCCGACGCCACUAACAUUCAGCAGGAGAAGCAAGCCACAGCUUUGAAGAAAGUAGCUGAGAAGAUGCUGCGGUCUCGUCAAGCCGCCGAGGAGGUGAAUGGGUUUGAAGAACUCGGCCCAGAGUCUGAAGAAGAAGAAUACGAUGAAGGCCUCAUGGCCUCAUUGAAGAAAAAGCAGCAGUUUACUAUCACUGCUAGCGCUGAAGGCCCUACUCCCCAGGCUCACACCGUAGCUCAGGCUCGCACGCCGCGCCGUGCUCAGCCGGUGUUUGACUCGGACGAUCAUCUGCAAAAAAGUAUUAUCCUAUAUUAG